AUGCCAUUUGGAGUAACAAAUGCACCGGCAAUAUUCAUGGAUUACAUACUUAUUUACUCAAAGACGAGAGAAGAGCACACUGAUCAUCUGAAGGUUGUAUUGAAAAUACUCAGAGAUCACCAGUUGUACGGGAAGUUGUCCAAGUUUGAAUUUUGGCUGGAAGAGGUACAAUUUCUUGGACAUGUUAUCUCAGCCAAGGGUAUAGCAGUGGACCCGGCUAAGAUCAAGAUGGUGCUCAAGUGGGAAAGGCUUAAGACAGUGACGAAGGUGAGGAGCUUCUUGGGCUUAGCAGGUUAUUACAGGAGAUUCGUGGAAGGGUUCUCAAAGAAGGUGAAUCCAUUGACACAACUUACAAGAAAAGAUCAACCAUUUCUUGGACUGAAAAGUGUGAGGAGUGUUUUGAGGAGAUGA